UUGUGGUCGUGGGAACCAGCUUGUUCAGCAAAUCGAACGCAUAGAGGACGGCGCCGAGCGCUUGCUAGGUAGCGAUAUAAGCCUUGUCAGAGCAAUAAUUCCAAAGGAAGAAGGAACACCAUGUAUGCGGCGUCGAAUAUAAAUCGUACCCAGCGUGGGUCCUACAACGAAGACGGCGUCGAAUUGAAUGAGGAUGACUUGCGCGAUUACUACGGACAGGGAGAGGAAGAUGCUGAAGCGCAAGCAGAAGCCGAGCGCGAGGAGGAGGAUGCUGCGAUGCUUUAUGAUCCCUUCUUUUCUAGAAGAUGGACAUCUUGCUUCGUGGGAGAGUACGUUGCUCUCGUUUUAUUUACAUCUGUCGACAGAGACAUCAAUGAUAAUUAGAACAUUAAGUAAAUGAAGUCAGUGUCUCAAAGGGAACGGGAGGCAAAAUGAUAGAGGUUCGGCGUUCGAUGGGUGGAAAAGGCAAUGUUCUUUCAUAUUUUGGGAUUGCAGUUGCAGACAGGCACAGGCGAUGGGGUACCGUCACGGGCUAUCAGCACUCCGGCUACUUUUGGCCAAGAAGUUACGCGCCAGCGUUCGUUAGAGGUUAUGUUCAGACUCACUAUAUUCAAACAAGUAAAAUUUUCUUAAGUAGUGCUUAUGGUAACCCUGCUGAUUGUCUCAUGCUCCUAUUGUUUAGCCAAAAUGGCUGUUGGAAGUAGAAGAUUGAAAAUACUUUCGUGAUUCAUCGAGUCGUUUGUAGUGCUAGGCACUGAUUGGUCUAAUCUUGGCCCGGACGGAGGAAGUGGGACACAACUACCUGACCAAAAUGCAGGUGAGGAUAAUGCGGAUCAAGAAGCGGCAAGGCCAAUGAAGCGUAGGGCGAAAGAGGAAGAAGUACGUAUUUCUUCACCUUCGUGAGUCGUGACCAGUACAUUCAUAAUAUUUUAUCAGCGCGAACUUUUUUUUGCCAUAGUCGAUCGCAAUGACGACCAUAGCACUACACACACAGAGCACAAAGAAAUCCGGCGGGAUCGUACGCGUCGCCCGGAGCGGAUCAAAACAAACAAACAAACUUUUUUUUUGCCCUUACCCUUUUUAUAGCGAUUUCCAUUCUCACACUUUCUUCUUAUUUCAUCAUGCAUAGUUUAAGCUUUGUUGAUCUGCUUCUCAAUUUUCCUGUACUUCUCCUACAGGCUGCUAUCGUAAUACAGAAAGUGUGGCUCGUGUGGAUGAAAUGGCGACAGGAGUACGAAAGAGCUAUGCGUGACGCAUCUUUCUUUUAUCGCAUCACAUGGCAGGCGGUAUUAUUGAUGUGGAUCUUUCAAUUUUCUUCAUGUUCUUUAUGAAUUAUGGAAAAAUAGUAGUAGGAGCUUUGUGGCAGACAUGCAAGUAAGUACUUACAUUGUUCUUCUCGUAAUAUUGUUCUUCGGAUUGACACGUCGAACGACCACAGAAUCAAGUCUUCGAGAUGCGUGAUCAGUCCCGGUUCGCGCGGUUGGUAAAUAUGUCGAUGAAUAUCUUCAUCAUCUUGUCUAUCCUCGGUUUCAUCUUGGAAACGGAGCCGAUUUUGCGAGACUUCGCUCAAGGCUGGUACCUUCUGGAACUGGUCUGCACGAUCGUCUUCAUCUGCGAAUACAUGGGUCGGCUUGUCUGUUGCUUUCAUGUACGGGCAACGUAUUAUGCGUCAACAUAAUCCAUCCUUGUAAGGACGAGAUUCUCCAUAUCAUCCUGCACGAUCUGCAGCAAUUUCACUAAAUAAUAGCAUCAUGCUUGAACAGACGACGUUCUUGAGGAAACUAGAUACUUAGAUAGCAGUACCGAAACAGGUACAUGCAUACAAGGAUCAAGGAUGGAUAAUGGACAACUACAUCUUUAAUUUGCAAUCGAAUCACGAAGUUCCAGUUCGUGAUGAAGGGGAUGAAUAUUGCGGACGCACUCGCCAUUUCACCCUUUUUCCUCGAAAUGUAGGCACGGGCUUCCAUACAUAGUGUAGUGUACAAGGCGUGACUCUAAAUUCCGAUCCUUCAUAGUUAGUGUGACUGCUCGUUCACAACCCUCCCCACCGCAUUUUCUUGUCUUCAUUUCGAGGCCUUCGCCGGAGGCAAAACGAAGAUGCUGAAGCUUCUACGUAUUGUGCGUCUCGUUCGAUUGGGAAAGUUGUUUAAGGUUGGCAAGUAUGCAAACGGCCUGAAAUUAAUGGUAACCGCGGUGACGAAAUCUGCAUCCAUCUUGCUUGUCUUGCUCAUGUUCGUCAUCAUGGGCGUCAUUUUUUUCGCAGCAUGCGGUUACUUUUUCGAACAGCUAUCCUGUCCGCAGAGUGGUGUAUUUUUCAUUAGGAAUAAGAAGUUCACAACCGCGAAAAGGCUCAACCCACACCAAGUUAGCAGCUUUUGCAGAUGGAUAAUAGCUAUGUCUCUUCUCGCUUUUUUGAUCAGUGAGUCGGGCUUGCUGCUUGUCCCAUUAAGUCACAAUAGAAAUAUUGUUUCUGACGUUCUGCGCUGUUGCAUACGAUAGAACACUCAUAUUAUAAAAACACUGACAGAUCGACUUCCCGCAUGGUCAAUCGGCGGAGCUUGACCAGUACUACGCAGAUUGCGAAAGUCGACCUCUCUAUCGCAAAGAUGGACCCAUGGACUACAAGAGGGUAAACGCCGGCUACAAUGUGAACAACGAUUUUCUGUGCUGCAAUCUUUUCCACGAUGGGUUUCACCCAUUCUUUUUCAACAAUAUGGCUGGGACGGUAAGAUUACAAAACGUAGACUCACAUUAGCAGGACAUGGAUCCUUCUGAACAAGGAGUUGUGACCCUGAUACCCCCAGAAAAUCAUGGGUCUCGAACAACUUGCAUACCUCUAAUUCUUGCAUUUCGUCUGCCUUGUGGUGGGGCCUGGUGACACUCACAUCAGUCGGGUACGGCGACAUGUUCCCUUAUACACCACUGGGACGUAUAGCAGGUAUGGCGGCAUCGCUUGGUGGUGUGCUGAUCAUUGCAGUGCCUCUCGCAAUUGUUGCGCGCAACCUCGCAGACGUAAGAACAAAUACUGUUUAUCACCAUGACCUUGAAUUGUCACAAGUGGUUUGAUCUCGAAGGGCAUAGUGGAUGCCCUAAAAAAUUUCAUGCUCAUGGUUUCGGUGUAACACUUCAAAAAAAAAACGUGGUAGCAAUGGGGAUGAUGGUGUUUUUGUUGCAAAGAGUCACGCUACACCUGCAUAAAAUCAAAUCAGGCGUAUGACCAGGAGAAUUAUAAUGCGCAGAACCGAAGGGAUCCGGUUGCGGAAAAGCGGUUGCUCCGAAAAUUAUGAACAUCAUCAGAUUCAGAAUAUGUAGAUGUAGAUGCUACAUGAAGAUCUUCAUCGAUGAAAGCUAGACUUCCUCUAAGAUAGAACUACAUCAAGAAAAAGGCUGCGGGCAUAGAAACUACAGCUUUUUCCAUGGAGACACCAAAAGCAGACGCGAACGAUGGCGGCUUUCGAUGGAAGAAGUAUUUAGCGCGGCUUCCAAAAAGCGAGAAGCUCAAAGCCUGGGGGAAUCAAGAUCUCCCGAGACUAUUGUACAUUUUUAGAAUGAACAACUUACUUUUGUAUACUCACCAUUCUCUGUGACGAAACAGGUGCAGCAAUUCACUUCGAAACAAGAAACGAAAUCUCUUGAAUUAAAAGAUGAGAAAAAGCUUCUACUGAACACGGUUUUAUCAUGUUUUCACCUCAAAUCUUUCAGUGAGCGCAUCUGCUUUCUCGACUCUCGGAUGAAUAACAUGCAGAUGAAGAUGAGUAAGCUUUUUCGGGAUCACGACACGUACUUAGACGCGCAAGCGAAAAUUGUGCGGUUUAGUUACCACAAGGAGUUGCUGCUUCGAGCCUGCGUGCAGCAAAUGGGGAGCGAUGCAGCGGAGCGGCUCAUCAACUACAAGGCAGCGCAAGCUGAAGCUGACAAUCUGCUUGGCGAGGAUUUGAGUAGCAGUUGAAAACGCUAUUCGGGGUGGGCCAAAAAACCCCGAUUUUCGAAGUGGUGCGUCUUGAUCUUCAACAUUUCUUCGAAUCACAGUCCUCAUAUUGUGCAUGACGGAAUCGAAUAUGGAUUUCCAAACCUAAUUCUCCAUUCCACCUAAAUGCAAUAACCCUUUGGAUCUGCAAUUCCGAGAAUCAACGCUUUUUUGCUGAUGACAGACGCAUACAUAGGACUUCGACUUAUCGGAUAGUAGCCACAGGCUAGUACAAAAU